CAGUCCGUUCCUCUCAGCCGAUUAUUACAUGAGCGUCAUAGGAAGGAGGGACACAGAAGGAACUUUCAACACAGGGAGAUAACUCUGUACCUUAUUACAGAUAUUGGAGGAGCAUUUGUGGCGAGGACUGAAUCACAGAAGGAUUUGAAUAGCGUGACCCAGAGAAAUCCCCCAAGACCAAAACCCAGCAAUCCGCAAAGUCUUCAUCUGUGAGAGAGCAGCAUGGCAACAGACAAGAAAGUUACUAGACAGUUAAUCCUAGCAGUGAGCACUGCAGUGUUGGGGUCAGUCCAGUUCGGUUACAACACUGGUGUCAUCAAUGCUCCCCAAAAGGUUAUUGAAGGAUUUAUUAAUUAUACCUGGAUACAACGUUACGAUGAAUCUGUUGAUCCAUCAAUGCUCACCACCAUUUGGUCUCUGGCUGUCGCCAUUUUCUCAGUGGGUGGUAUGUGUGGAUCAUUUUCGGUGGGAUUGUUUGUCAACCGAUUUGGAAGGCGGAAUUCGAUGCUGAUGAUCAAUGUCUUGGCAUUCAUUGGAGCUGCUCUCAUGGGAUUCUCUAAACUGGCGAGCUCAUUUGAAAUGCUUAUACUGGGACGGUUCAUUAUUGGCAUUUACUGUGGUUUGACCACAGGUUUUGUUCCCAUGUACGUCGGGGAGAUCUCUCCCACAGCUUUGAGAGGAGCUCUCGGGACUCUACAUCAGCUAGGAAUUGUCAUUGGAAUUCUGAUUGCACAGAUUUUUGGGCUGGACUCUAUUAUGGGAGGUGAAUCACUCUGGCCAUUGCUGCUUGGGUUUAUCUUCCUGCCAGCACUGUUACAGUGUAUUGCUUUACCAUUCUGUCCAAAGAGCCCACGCUUCCUCCUUAUCAACAAGAAUGAAGAGAGCAAGGCGAAGAAUGUUCUGAAGAAGCUUCGUGGGACAACCGAUGUGAGCGAUGACCUGCAGGAGAUGAAGGAAGAGAGCAGGCAGAUGAUGCGAGAGAAGAAAGUAACAAUUCCUGAGCUGUUCCGCUCACCGAUGUAUCGGCAGCCCAUCAUCAUUGCAAUCGUGUUGCAGUUGUCCCAGCAGUUGUCCGGUAUCAAUGCUAUUUUCUAUUACUCGACAAGUAUUUUUGAAAAAGCUGGGGUUGAGAAGCCUGUCUAUGCCACUAUUGGUUCCGGUGUGGUGAACACAGCUUUCACUGUUGUAUCGCUGUUUGUGGUGGAACGCGCUGGCCGACGCACACUGCACCUGAUUGGCCUGGCGGGGAUGGCCAUCUGUGCGAUCCUGAUGACUAUUGCACUUGUCCUUCUGGACCAGCUGACUUGGAUGAGCUACAUAAGCAUUAUCGCCAUUUUUGGGUUUGUGGCCUUCUUUGAGGUUGGACCUGGCCCAAUCCCGUGGUUUAUUGUUGCGGAGUUGUUCAGUCAAGGGCCCAGACCAGCUGCUAUUGCAGUGUCUGGUUUGUGUAACUGGACGGCAAAUUUCAUUGUUGGCAUGGGUUUCCAAUAUGUCGAGCUACUCUGUGGACCUUACGUUUUCAUCAUCUUCACUGUGCUCCUGGUUCUGUUUUUCGUAUUCACCUACUUCAAAGUCCCUGAGACCAAGGGAAGGACAUUUGAUGAGAUUGCCUCUGGUUUCCGCCAGGGUGCGGGAGUUAACUCACCAGAAAAGCACAGUCCAGAGGAACUCAACAGCCUGGGUGCGGACUCACAGGUUUAAGUGGGAGCAGUGUUGGAACAGCCGAAUAGGAGCCAAUGGGACUAGCUUAUGCCCACACUACUGACAAAAUAUGUAACAGGGUGGAGUGUCUGGCCUGUCAGCAGAUUCCUGUGAAUGUACAGGAACUAAGCUCUGAUUGUUUACCAGUACACAUCUCCAUUUGUUAUGGUCAGUAAGCAGAACUAACCUUUUUGACUAUCUUACAUGUUGACUGAUAUAAUUAUUAAUUAGCAUUUCAAAGCUUUCCAUGUAUAGCGUUGAGUAUUUAUAUGUUGAAUAUGUUUAUAGUGUUUAUAGGAAAUAAAUUAUAGAGGUAAAGUUAAUGUAAAUAUAAUGAGCUACAUGUCACAUGUAAUGUAUAAACACAGAAUAUGGUCUCGUUUCUGUAGAAAUGGCUAGUUGUAAAUGAUAGAAUUACUUUUUGUACACUUCACAUUGUAAAAAGCUGCUCCUGGUUCACUGGAUCAGCCCUUAAUAUUUUUUUUAAAAAAUAGUUUUUGUCAUUAUCGGAGAACAUUUUAAAUCAUCUAGAAAUCUGUGAUAUUUUAGUGGGUGAAUGUUUUCCCACGUUUGAAUACAGUUUCUCUGUGAUGUUGCAGAAGAGCUGAUAACCCAGCAAGUGAGCGUACUGUCACUAACAUGGCCAGCACCAGUGUCCAGGCUUUUACUGACCAGCCACCUAUCUCCUACACAACAUAAAUACUUUUGUACUGUAAUUUAUAAGUAGCUUUUCUAAAACACUGAUAGUAAGUAAUGUUGUUACUGGAAAGAGUUUGGUGUGAGCCAUUAUCACUUCUAUACAGACGUGCCAAACAUUGCUUUUGCAAUUGAUGCAAUGUAUCCACUGAAUUUAGCCAACACACAGUCCUGUGAUAUUGAUGGAGAGGUUGGUGAGGAUACUUGGCUUGUGUUGCUACCAAAUCCGGCAAAUAUUUCCACCCCUCCCCCUACCUCCAAAACAUUUUUGGUGAGUCAAUGCUUAAAGUAUGGAGGCUGCCAAAAUGAAUUGAGUUUGUUUUCCCUCAAAGUACGUAUCUAGGGGCCCAUUUUCAUUUGAGCAUAUUAUUUUAUUCCUGGUUAUAAAAUGUAAUCAUGUGAAGCAGUCACCUGUUAGAUACAACUGUCAUCUGUCCAAAUAUUGGUCACAUGAAAUCCAUGCCACGUUCUUCCAUUGUUCAUUUUUACCAACUUUAUGUAAUCAGUUUUAAGAUUUUACAAUAAUUUCUUUCAGAAUUAAUAGACUUUCUGGAUUUCUCAGUAUCUUUUCCUCACCCUUUUUCAUUGCUGGGGUAUUAUUAAUAUUUGCUUAAUGUCCCGUACCCAGCCAAGGAUAGAUGUCAAACAAAUCAUGAUGGUCUCUUUGCUACUUUCUGAAACCUCCCAUUCAGAUUUCCAAACUGUUUGUGAUCUUUCCCUCCAUUUAGUCUUUUUGCAAAACCUUGGAAAACUGUAUAAUCUUCACUGUAAUUGAGCUAGUUUUGGAUAUGAGCUCAGUACUUCAGAUAGUGCCUUGUGUGGUUGUGGACUCUGACAUUGCACAGAGUGAAUGUUAGGGAGUAAGCAUCUGUUUCCAUCUCUGCCUGUUAUUAUUUCCUCAGUUGGAAAUAAAGGGCAGGAGGCCUGUAAGGAAAGUUAACAUUUCAGAGAAUCUGACAAGCCUAGGCCUCCCCCAGUGUUUGAGCCCCUCACCAGCAGCUGAAGGCUCUCUUUUAUUUCUUAAGAGAAACCUUAAACAACAACUAUUCAUCCACAAUAAAGAAUAAAUAGAGAAUUGCUUUAUUUUAGUUUAGCCGGUUUUUAUACAUAUUUUAAUCUGGGAAAGAAAAAUAGAAUGAGAUGUAAACUGAACAAAAAUUAUAUAAAAUACAUUUUCUCUUGGUAAUGUUUUGCUCAAAAUAUUCUUUUUGUAUUUUAAAUAGUAGAAAUAAAGGUAGUACCUGUACAAAAAUAGCCUGUGCAGCAGUUAACAUGUGACUAAUGGGGGUUAGGUGAGACUAAACCCUGAAUGGGAAUAUCAAACAGGUUUUGUUUCCCUUCAUUCCCAGUUUUGAGACAUUGCUGCUGCUCAUAACCUGGCUUCAAAGGUCAUCACCUUGACAAUUGCUGACUUUGUUAGCAGCUCACCUGCUCUUGUUUAAGAUUCAUAGAACAAUAAUGCCCUGAAGUAGGCCAUUCCACCUAUCAAACCCAUGCUGGCUGACAACAGAGCAAGGCAGUUAGAGCCCCACACCCCUACUUCUCAAACUCACUCUGUCCCUGGAUCUCUGCAAACUGAUUGCCCUCAGCUUACCAGCUGAAUUCCUUUUGAAAUUGUCCAUCGUUUCUCUUACUCCAACCUCAUGGGCAGUGAUGAUUGAGGUAAUUACUUUGCAGAAAAUAGAGCAGCCACCAUGGUUUCUGGUUGCCUCAGAGUCUGACAGAGGAGGAGGAAGUAGCAGGCGGGCAUUGUGAGUUCAAAGGGCUGGAGUUGGUGAAACUUUGUUGCCAUCGGUAAUUGAAUCAGGAAGUCAGAAAGGUGAGUCAGGAAGUGAACCAGGAAUAGGUGAGCCAGCAUCAGGAGAGUUGACAGGCAGCGUGGAGCUGGGUGAAUGUUGUGAGAGAGUCAGGUAAACGUUUGAGAAUUGUUUUGGUAAGGAGGACCAACCACGAGAGGGGCCAGUGAGGCCUGGGAUCGGGAGGCCAAUCAUGUCAGUGAGUUGGGUCAAACAUUCACAGAAUGUUUGACCCAUUCACAGAAUGUUUGACACACAUAAGCCCUUCCUGAAGAAGGGCUUAUGCCCGAAACGUCGAUUCUCCUGUUCCUUGGAUGCUGCCUGACCUGCUGCGCUUUUCCAGCAACACAUUUCCAGCUCAUUCACAGAAGUCCCCAUUUGUUUAUUGCCAUUCGGAUUUGCUGAACUGCAGGUGGUUAACUUAAACCACUAAUUCGCAUGGUGCCACUUUAAGGACUUGAAGUGUGUGAAAACAACGGGUUAAUUUUAACUUGAUGCACCUGAGGUGGAACCAAAGGAUUAGGUGAAACAUUAGUGACACACCGUGUUCAAUAGCACAGUCCAGGGAUUUCAAUGGAGACAAAACCAAGUGGUAAACCAGCAUGAAAGCUGGUCCUGUUCCUGUGCUAUUAAUGAAUAAAUUGUGUUAAUUAGAUUCCAACCGGGAUCUGACUGUAACCAGCUGCUGUGCUCACUCAGUCAUCAUCACACUUGGAGAUCUCCUUGAAGAAAACCAUUCUUUCUGGAAAAUGAAAUAUUCCCCAUGGUUGAAUAAGCAUAUACAAGUUUUUUUUAAAAUAAUAUGUUUUCUUUUGAGCUUGUAAAUAUAUUUCCUGAAGAAACAUCUUUCGGGAAGUUGAGAAUAAGAAAGUGAAAACAAGCAGAUUGACUCGAGCGGUGAAUGUGGUCUCACUUUCAGUGAUACCUCUGCUUUGUUUGGAUAGAGAUUGUGCACAGAUUUUGUACAUAUUUCAUGUGAAGCUCACCUUAGUGGCAAGUUGAAAAUAAAAAAAAAUUCUGAACAAUAAAA